UAAAAAUGUUGCGCGCAAACUCUGGCCCCGCGGUUUUGCGUUUCUCGCCGAGCCACCCGCACACUCAACUUUCAAACUCACCCUCACUCUGCUCACUCACCUCUCCCUCUAUUCCCAUUCAGAACCACCCGCCAGGUCUAUCCACCACCACCACCACCCCUCCUCCUCCUGCAGCGCACGCUCAACAAGCGCUCCGAAUUUAAUCUUACCCAGCCAAACACCAAAUUGACUCCCCGUCGACCAAUGGCUUCCACGAGGUCCUCCACAGUGCGCAGCAGCUCCACCAGGAUCAGCGUGGGCGGCGGCAGCGGCGGCGGCUCGCGUGGCUUCAGCAGCACCUCGCUGUCCGCCGGGGGCCGCUCGGGAGGGCGCAAGGGAGUCCUCUCGUCCGCCAGCUUCAGGAGCGGCGGCGGCGGCGGCGGCGGUUUCGGUGGCUUCUCGGCCUCCUCGGCAGCGAUGCUGAGCGGGCCGCCCCCGGAGAUUGACCGCAGCAUCCUUCCCGUGCGCACCCAGGAGAAGGAUCAGAUCAAGGGCCUCAACGACCGCUUCGCGAACUUCAUCGACAAGGUGCGCUUCUUGGAGCAGCAGAACAAGGUUCUGGAGGCGCAGUGGAGGGCCCUGCACGAGCGCGGAACGGUGGUGAGCGGCCUGGACGGGCUCUUCGAUGCCUACACCAGGGGCCUCAAGCAGCAGCUGGAAAGCCUGUCCAACAACAAGCUGGGCCUGCAGAACGAGCUGCAGGCCAUGCAAGGCCACGUGGAGGACUUCAAGACCAAGUACGAGGAGGAAAUCAACACUCGCACUGAGCGGGAGAAUGAGUUCGUGGUCGUCAAGAAGGAUGUGGACGACGCAUUCCUCAACAAGGUGGAGCUGGAGGCGAAGCUGGAGGCUCUGCAGGACGAGAUCGAAUUCCUCAAGAAGAUCUUCGCAGAGGAGCUGCGCCAGCUGGAGUCGCAGAUCCAGGACACGAUCCUGACGGUGGAGAUCGACACGAGCCGCAACCUGGACGUGGAUGGCCUCAUCGCCGACGUCCGCGCCCAGUACGAGGCCAUCGCCGCCAAGAGCAAGGCCGAGUCGGACGCCUUCUACAAGAGCAAGUUUGCCGACCUGAACGCGAUGUCCGGCAAGGGCGAUGACGAACUCCGCCAGAGCAGGAGCGAGAUCGCCGACAUCAACCGGCAGGUCCAGCGCAUCAAGGCCGAGAUCGAGGCCCUCAAGAAGCAGCGCGCCCAGCUGGAGGCGGCCAUCGCCGAGGCGGAGGGCCGCGGGGAGCUUGCCAUCAAGGAGGCCAAGGAGAGCAUCGCCCGCCUGGAGGAAGAGCUGCACCAGGCCAAGCAGGACAUGGCCAAGCACGUGCGCGAGUACCAGGAGCUCAUGAACGUCAAGCUGGCUCUGGACAUCGAGAUCGCCACCUACCGCAAGCUGCUGGAGGGAGAGGAGUCCAGGCUGCAGAAUGUAACUGCUGGGCUGGCCAACCUGGGUGGCAUGGGAGGAUAUGGAGGCUACAGUGUCUCAACUUCCUACGAGACGUCCAGCAAGAGAAGCUACUAAUGCGGAGCCGCUCCCAACAUCGCUCAACCCACACCGAGGGCCAGCACGGGACAACCGGUGCAAGACAUUGUGGCCCACAGCCCGGGGCGGCUCGGUUUGGCAGUGUGCAUUCUGACGUCGCGUCCCACGUCCUUCCCCACGUGUCACUCGCACCCUGCUGGGUCAGUGGUUCCCUACCUGCGGUCGGUGGGCCGACGGUGGUACGCAAAGACUGUCCACGGGGAACCGCCGCAGGUGCACGAACACAGUUAGCAACAACAGCAACAACUCAAUGCAUUCGUCAAUAACACCACCGUGGCCUUAAAAAGAAAUAUGUAAUAGGCUACGCUUCGGGAUGACGGCCAUUCUUGUGCCAUGAAGGGCCGUUGCCCGAAACGUCGCUAAUUAUUUUUUUGCUUGAGUUGUUUUUGUUGCUUGCAGACACAAUUUAGAGUCCCUUUGAAUAAUAAACAGAGCGGGUGUGGAACCACUGCGUUAGACGAAGUAGUUUUUUUUUUUGCCGUGUCCUCAAACGUGGAAGUUGUUGUUUUUUUCUAAAUUGUUUUGCGCGUCUAAUAGAAUGUGCACUGCCGAUCGGCGACUCCCCCCCCCCCCCCCCCCCCCGGCUGUGUGGUGUGAUUCUCAAAUUGGCUCAAAAAGGUUAAUUGGCGCUUGAGUGUGUGGGGCUCUUCGGAGGUGGGUGGAAGUUCGCUUUGAUUUGGACACUGGUAUCUGUAGGUCGUUUUAGUCCUGGAGUUAAAGGAAAGAAAGAAAAUAAAUACGGUGGUGUCGGCGGUGGGGGGGAGGGGUUUGUGGGCGAGCUUUUUAGUAAUAGCCAGAAUGAUGCAAUGGCCGGCAUAGCUGUCAAAAGUGGUCGUGUCUUGUUGCGGGAGGUGCUGCUCACCCCAGCCUGGCGUUCCGUGGGGGUGCACUUAGAGGGGGGGGGGGCGGGAGCUGAGAUGUGGAACGACUUGCUGAGCGCCAACACAGGAGCGUCCCGAGAGAGAGGGGCUAGCCGUCACAUCAUCCGUCAGCUCGCGUUGAGCGCCAUUAUUGACCACUCCCGUCUAACGCAGCAAGUGUGCAACGGGCGCCCUUCGUGUCAACCCACUGCGGGGCUCCGUUUGACCGCGCAUCGCCCGCGCCGGCCCGGUGUCGGGUUGGCGAGGUCGCGGGAGCGUAGAAGUACGGCACAACAACGGAAAAAAACCCCGCUUGCGACGCUCGACGAUUAUUCGGAGGCGCGGGUGGCGUCGGGUGGCACUUCGCGCGCGCGCGGCUGGGCUGGGUGUCGGUGAAGCCACGUUGGCAACUAUGGGGUCCGGCCAAUGCGUGCGAGUGGGCUGAUUGGACGCACUGGAGCAGCAGCAGCAGCAGCAGCAAUGGAUGUCACAGGUGGCUUUGGUCAAUGCACACGCAUUGUCUUCAUGGCAGGGGUUAACCUCUCGUAUACGUACUCACGUGUGCCGGAAAUAAUAAAAGAAGCUUUGUGAAUUCCCAACGCGG